CAUUCCGGUCCGCCUGGCAACUAGCGGUACGUGCCCCGCUAUGUUGCUUGUUCUCAUGGCCAAAUCGGGAAAUCUGGACUUAAUCAUUUGCUAUAAAAGAACUCCGAAAUCAAUUCAAUCACUGUCCCCCCCAUCGUCCUCAAUCAAUCAAGCAAGCAAGCAAGCAAGCAUCUUUCUCUCCCCAAUCUCAGAUUCACCAUGGAGCACUCCUACACUGCAGCAAUGGCAGCAGCGACUGCUCCCACUACAAUGACCCAGUGGAAGGACGAGCAACCCAACGUCCCCUCUGUUGCUGAGCAUCACCGUGAUGUCCUUAGACAGUGGCUCGACUCCCUUCCAGACGCCCCCGUCGCGAAGGACCGCCGCACUUAUCUCCAGGUAGUAUCCAACUGGACCGCAUUUCUCUCUGCUACAAGCCUUAUCCCAAGCCCCGCCCUAGCCCCCAACAACAAGAAAGUCAUCAUCUUUAGCGGAGAUGAGGAAGAUGACCACGGAGAGUCUCCCUCGGAUAUGAAGAAACGCUUCCUAGUCGACCGACGAGAGCGCUUCUGCAUUCAAGGGACCAUCUGGCGGCUCUUCGACGGCAAUGAAGCGCUUCUUGAACGCUGGCCGGUCCCCGCCCGCCGGCUCAUGAACCGCGCCGUCUACGGCCCCUCUGCCCCUCCGCUUUCCUCCAUGAUGUCCGACAUCUUUCUCCAGCGCCGCUGGAACUCAGUAUGGACAUCACUCAUCUGCUUCCUCAUCUACUGUGAGGAAAACGAUGGGUCACCAGAGGACAUGGGUCUCACGCUCAGCGAAGAAUUGACCGACGAUCUCCUCGACAUCUCCCAGGCCCUCAUGUUCGACGGCUACCCCAAACCGGGCGCCGAGGACGGAGACAGCGUGACAGGAGAAGCCCUCCGGGUCUUCAUCACCAACGUCAUCACCGCCCUCGACUCCCACUCCGUCUCCCCCAGAACGAACCCGCUGCUGUGGUGGAUGACCGUCCUCGUGCACUCCUCCCUCUCCACCCACACCGACUUCAUCAGCCGCGGCCACUUCACGUGGAACAUCCUCCCCAUGGACCUCGACAUCGCAGGCCGCAUCGACGCCGUCGUCCACUACACGCAAGUCAUGCUCCUCGACCUCUCCUUCCGCACGUGGAAGCCCACAAACAAACAGCACCAACUCGACGUCGUACAGCAGCUGGACAAGGUGGACAACUCAUGGAUCGUCAAGAUGAGCAGCACGAAGCCUGCGGUCGAGGCAUCCGCCGCCGAAGAGCAGGAAAAGGCGUGUGAGACGCCGGCUUUCAAGGAUAUGUUGGCGCAUGUCGAGAAGACGUUUGACGAGAUCCUGGGAAAGGAAUCCAAGGGCGUCGUUGCGGGUAUGGUGAGGCUUAAGGCUCAGUUGGCUGCCGCUGGCGCCGCGGGCAAUAGCAACGCCUAAGGAAAGGAAUCACAGGUCAUGGGCAAUCACAAGAUGUAAGACGUAGUUAGGAAAUCAAUAAUGCCAAUCCCGAACUUUUGAAUUUCAGAUCAGUUAUCCUACUACUUU